AUGAGGGCCGAGGAUCCUACUAUAGACAGGUCAUCGGACGACCUCAACGACCAAGCAAUUCUGAUCUGGACCAAGCUCCAAGUCACUAAAGAUCAGGAGCUGGAUACCGAAUGGGCUGGGUAUUUUCAGCCACUGAUUCGGGCCCCAGGACAUGAGCGGUCUGGGUGGGCAAGAGUUCAGGGGUGUCCAGAAACCAUCCUUCUGGUAACAGCAUGGACGAGAAUGUCGGAUAUGAAGCAAUUCAUAGGCUCGCCUUCCGCCCAGCUCUAUCGUGAGAAUCUCGAUAGUAGAGGAAUAAAAUAUGUGUCCUCUCGUGAGACAUUUCAUGAUAGGAACGACUCCUUCUGGUUCGGCUCCUUGCUGGAAUCAUACGUUCAAUUGUUAUGGGUCUAUUUUCCGACACCAGUGACCGAAGCCCACAAGGCCCAAAUUUCGCAACUAAGUGGUAUGCGCGAACAGGUCGUAGGAAUGGAUGGUCGGCCCUUCCGGGGCAUCGUGCGACAUCAAAACUGUCUUCCUUUAAAGAUAUGGGCCGCCCAAACAGAAUUCAUGCAUGGCCAAGAAACUCAGUUAAUGCUAUUGCUACAUUUCUGGGUGAAUGCGGAGCAGGCCGAGUAUAGAAAUGCUGGGUUCGGCAACGGAUCCCUAAUGGAGAGAUUCAGUGAGAGGCUGGAAAAAGUAGGGCCCCUGGAAUGGAAGGAAGAGUUUUGUGAUUUCAAGGCAACCACUUAUGUUUGA